AUGGUGACUGACAAGCAAAAGAACUCGCUUGCCGUGGCAACGUGCGCCGCGACGAUAGUGGGAUUGGCUGUAUGGGCGCGCCUUAAGAAGAAGCAGCAUAUGUACCAAACACGCAACCAAUUGGAAGCUCUACGGUUCGACCUGACUGUAGCAGAAAUUGAGGCCGAAACCGAGCGCAUUCUGGUGCAGAUGAAACGUGUCGAUGACGAGAUUGCGGCAUUGUCGCCGGCUGCGGUGACAUUUGAAAAUACAGCGCAAAGGCUUAUUGAUCUGGAUCAUGAAAUGCUCAGCCGCGUAACCAAUGUGACUUUUCUCGCCCAGGUUGCCACUGACAAAGCGACGCGUGAUGCCUGUACGAAGGCGGAUGAGGCUAUUGAGGAUUUUUUAGUGCUGCGCAGUAUGCGUGCGGACGUUUACACAGCAAUCCAUUCAUUGUACAAGAGUACGGUCUACCAGAAAUUGGACGCAGUCACGCAGCGCUAUGUACACCGCCUAGUGCACGAUUUCGAGCGUAACGGACUGCAGCUACCACAUGAGAAACAGGAAGAGGUACAGGCCUGGAAACAAAAGUUGUCGAAACUUGGCAUUCAGUUCCAGCAGAAUUUGUCAGAAGAGACCACCGAAGUCCAGUUCUCACUUGACGAACUCGAGGGACUCAGCGAAGAGUUUAUCGCUGGGCUUCAGAAGGGUGACGAUGGCAAGUACUCGAUUACACUCUCAUACCCAACGGUGUUUCCAAUUCUCAAUACUUGCGCUGUCAUGUCAACACGCAAGGCUGUGGAGUAUGCCUUUAAUCGCCGUUGCAUUUCAACGAACGUUGCUAUCCUGGAAGAGAUUUUGGAGAUCCGCCAUAAGGUGGCGCUGGCAUUAGGAUACCAAAAUCACGCCGCUUAUGUCCUCGAACAAAGAAUGGCUGGAAACAGUGCAAAUGUUAACAAGUUUCUAAAUGACUUAGACAAUCAGAUCACCCCACUUGCAAAAAAAGAUUUGGAGGUGAUGCUGAAGCUUAAAGCGGCCGACUGCGAACGCAAUGGGUGGGAGUUUGAUGAAAAAAUUAAUAUGUGGGACUUUCGCUUUUAUAUGGACCAGUACACGAAGAAGCACUACUCUAUCGACUCGGAGAAACUCCGCGAGUACUUUCCACUCACGCACGUGACAGAAGAACUGCUGGCUAUGUACCAAGAACUAUUAAGCUUGAAGUUCACCGAGAUUUUGCAGCCCCACGUGUGGCACAAGGAUGUUCGCAAGUUUGCCGUCUCCGAUGCUCGUCCGGGUAAAGUGGACAACUUCGUUGGCCACUUCUACUUGGAUUUGUAUCCUCGCGUUGGAAAGUAUGGUCACGCAGCCUGCUUCACGCUGCAACAAAGUUGUGUUAAUUCUGCUCGAGUCCGCGUGUAUCCUGCUGCCGCCAUGGUGGCUAACUUUAACGCCCCAACGAACUCAAAGCCGUCGCUACUUUCCCAUCAGGAAGUUGUCACGUAUUUCCACGAGUUUGGUCACGUAAUGCACUGCCUGUGUUCAGAGGUAACCAUCCCUCGCUUUGCUGGCACUCGUGUCGAGCGUGACUUUGUGGAAGCUCCGAGUCAGAUGCUGGAAAAUUGGUGCUGGGAAAAGGAACCAUUACAGCGUCUAUCCUCACAUUAUACGACAAAAGAGAAACUCUCGGACGACCACAUUGCUCGCCUCAUUUCGACAAAAAAUGUGAACACUGGACUGGUAAACAAGCGCCAGCUUCUCUUCGCCAUCUUUGACCAGACGAUCCACUCACAGCCCACGACGGACACGGCGCAUCUUCUCGAACAGCUACAAAACGAGAUCAUGCUCAUCAAUAUGACGCCUGACACAAAUUUUGCAGCGUCCUUUGGCCACUUGGCUGGUGGUUAUGACGCCCAGUAUUAUGGUUACCUGUGGAGCGAAGUUUUUUCUAUGGACAUGUUCAUGUCUCGGUUCAAAAAAGAGGGAUUGAUGAACCCGCAAACGGGAUUAGAGUAUCGUGAGCUCAUUCUAGCGCGAGGUGGCUCUGUGGAUGCAAGCGUCAUGCUCAAGGAGUUUCUCGGCCGUGCGCCGAAUCAAGAUGCUUUUUUGCGGAGCAAAGGGUUAUCAAGUUAA